AUGCUCGAUAUUAAGGCUUGGGCCGAGUACAUCGUGGAGUGGGCUGCGAAGGACCCGUACGGCUUUCUUACCACGGUCAUCUUGGCCCUUACACCGUUGUUCGGGGGGAAGGCCUUUCUUGUGUAA